GCGGAAAUGGCGCGCGGGGGUUGAUGGGAAUUUUUUUUAUAACAUACAGGAAGACUAGAGACACGGAACCGAGAGACCAACACACCCACUGGACCUGUGGAGAAGAGGGGGAAAAAAAGCUUCCUUGAUACGUAUUAGCGUUUGUCAGAAGGCGAAGGCAUGGCAGAGCUGGCGAGUCUGGUGCAGAGGUUGGAGGUUGCUGUUGGCCGCCUGGAGGCCAUUUCCAGCAGUGGAGGCGCAGGUGGCUCUGCUGCGGCCGGUGGAGCUGUGUCUGCCUACGUCGAGGCCUUUGAUGCCCUGAUCUCAGGCCCUGUUGCUGAAUACCUCGCCCUGAGUCAGAAGAUAGGCGGCGAUGUUCAGAAGCAUGCUGAUAUGAUGAAGCAAGCUUUCACCUGUCAGAGGCAGCUUCUGGUGACGGCCUCCUGCUCUCAGAAACCCGCUGAUGCCAUUCUGACAUCUCUGCUGGCUCCAGUGUCUAAAAUGAUUCAGCAAGUGCAGUCGUUCCGAGAGCAGAACCGCUCCUCUCCGCUCUUCAACCACCUCUCAGCCGUCAGCGAAAGUGUGCCUGCCCUCGGCUGGGUCGCCAUGGCUCCUAAGCCAGGUCCUUAUGUCAAGGAAAUGCAGGAUGCUGCCAUGUUCUACACAAACCGUGUGCUCAAGGAUUACAAAGACAAGGACAAAACUCACGUGGACUGGGUCAAGGCCUACUUGUCAAUCUGGACUGAGCUGCAAGCAUACAUAAAGCAGCAUCACACCACCGGACUGGUCUGGAGCAAGAGUGGUCCAGUUGCCUCAGCAUCUGGAGCUUCUGCUCCAAGCGGUGGAGCUGCUCCUCCUCCUCCUCCCGGCCCCCCUCCUCCACCUGCUGAUCUGGAGAAGGCAGGAGGUGGAGAUACAUCCUCCACCAGCCGCAGUGCUCUCUUUGCCUCCCUCAACAAGGGAGCUGACAUUACUAAAGGGCUGAAGCAUGUGUCUGAUGCCCAGAAGACCCACAAGAAUCCUCACCUGAGGUCUCAGGCAGGCCCUGUGCACACAGGACCCAAACCCUUCUCAGCUGCCCGGCCAACUGCCACUGCUGCCCCAGCCCGCACUCUGCCUCCAGUGCUGGAGCUGGAAGGCAAAAAAUGGAGAGUGGAGAACCAUGAGGGUGCUCAGGGCCUUGUGAUCAGUGAGACAGAGCUCAAACAGGUGGUCUAUGCCUUCAAGUGCAACAACAGCACUCUGCAGAUAAAGGGAAAGCUCAACUCAAUCACUCUAGACAACUGCAAGAAAUUGGGCCUUGUUUUUGAUGAUGUUGUGGGUAUUGUGGAGAUGAUCAACUGCAAGGAUGUUAAAGUCCAGGUUUUGGGCAAAGUUCCAACCAUUUCCAUCAAUAAGACGGAUGGUUGCCAUGUGUACCUGAGUCAGGCCUCUCUGUCGUGCGAGAUAAUCAGUGCCAAGAGUUCAGAGAUGAAUGUGCUGGUGCCUGGCAAAGAUGGAGAAUUUACUGAGAUUCCUGUCCCUGAGCAAUUCAAAACAGUAUGGGACGGCAAAAAGCUGGUCACUACAGCUACGGAGAUUGCAGGAUAAACGCCUCACCUAUGAUAUUCCACCCCCUUUGCCAAUGCCUACCUGACUGACAGACCAACCAGCCAAUCACAAACAAAACUGAAAUGCUAAUUGUGUCCAAACUCCCCAUCAGCCAAUCAGAGGUGUGGCUGAACAUUCCUUCAGCCAAUGAGAUGGCUGUUUGCUUUAUGCAGCAUAAUGAAACUUUUCAUUCCAUUUGAUAUUUAAUAGCAAUUCCUUCGUUGCCAACAAUCAAGUUGUUUUGCUGUUUUCAAGCAUUCCAAGGAAAAUAAAAUGUGAACAGCCAAAAUUAUGCAUAUAUUCUUUAUAUUCGUUGGUUAUUUUGUCUAAUUUCUUGGUCUUUUGUUUGUUUAAUUUGUUUUAUGUGAUCAGGGGGUAGACGUUGUGUUCAGGUGAUGGAGUCCUAGUAAUUUUUGUUCUAUAUAUGCAAAUCUGUCCUAAAGCACACACCCCUUCCUCAGACAAAAUCAAUGCUAGCAUUUCAGACAUUGAUGUUGAUUUUAUUUGUAUUUUGGGGGUAAUUAAAACCAAGAAUUGUGGUAUCACCCAAAUUAGAUGACUAAUUGGAGAAAAUGAUGGAUUGCAUACCAACUAUACUGGUGCAUUUUCUUACUAUCUUAGCACUGAUGCAAAAGUAAUGUUAAAAGAUCUCGUAAUAAAAAGGAAUAUUACUUCCAUUACAUACUGUAUUCUGGUGCACAGAGCACAUUCCCUAAAGCACUGUAAAGGAACAUUCCAUGAUAUAACUGAAAAUAAGAGGAACAGUAAGGACAGUGGACAUUUAUGUAGAAAUAUCUUUUUUUUUUUUUUUUUU